AUGGAAAAAUAUAGAAAAAAGAAAAAGGAUUUGCAUAUGGUGUUUAUAGAUCUCGAGAAGGCUUAUGAUAGCAUACCGCGAUAUAUUAUCUGGGAGAGCUUGGAGAAAAAGGGAAUCUCGCAGAGCUAUUUUGAUAUUAUACGAGACAUAUAUGAUGGAACAACAACUAACAUACAGACACCUGUAGGGAUUACAAGGUCCAUUCCAGUUAGAGUAGAAUCUAGCGAGGAGGCUAAUACCAAAUUAGAUGAGUGGAGGGCGGAACUAGAAAGUAAAGGGCUCCGUAUUAGUCGUACAAAAACAGAAUAUUUGAGAUGCAAUUUCAGUGGAUCUGUUAUCCAGAGUAAUGGGGAGAUUGAUGAAGAUGUAACACACCGUGUACGAGCAGGUUGGCUUAAAUGGCGAGCAGCCACCGGAGUGUUAUGUGAUAAGAAGUUCCCGGCUAGACUGAAAGACCAGAAUUCAUAUUUGUAUGAAUUUAUCCGGUUCACUUUAACCUGGGCUAUUACAAUUUUAGUGGAGGGUAAGAGGAGUCGAGGAAGACCUAAGAAAACGUGGGUUGAGCAAAUUAAGGACGACUUGAGUCAACUGUGCCUCUCCGAGGACCUGACUAGGGAUAAGAAUAGUUGGAAACGCCAGAUUCACAUUCUAGACUAG